ACUUUGUCACAAGAACAAUACUUUCACUACAUAAUUGACAUUCAAAAACCAAACUAUGGCAAUUGCUGCAUAUUUUCUUAUUUCGAUAUUAGGCGUCGCAGCACGAUCAGCGUAUGCAGUGCAACAUAUCGUCGGUGAUAGCAACGGCUGGACCAAUUUCGGAGAUUAUACUACGUGGGCUGCUAGUAAAACGUUCAACGUUGGGGACACGCUUUUGUUCAACUACGGUAGUAGCCAUGGUGUGGAUGUUGUAUCUAAAUCCGAUUAUGACAACUGCGCUACGGGUAAUGCCAUCGACUCCUACACUAGCGGACCAACCACCGUUAAACUAACACAACCAGGGCCAAUGUAUUUUGCUUGCCCAUCAUUUGGUCACUGUAGUACGGGGAUGAAACUCGCGAUCAACGUGGUAUCUCAAAGUUCCAACACGCCGACCACCACAACCCCUAGCGACGGUAGCAAUUCAUCGCCACCAUCUACCACCAACCCAUCUACACCAUCAACUUCAAACCCCACCAAGGAUGUUGGUUCAAGUUCAGCCGAUCGUGCAAACAUGAUGGUGGUCGGCUUUUCUAUGAUUUUGGCACCAUUGGUUGUGUUCAUAUGCUAGGAAAGAGGCAGUGCUUAUUGCUAUUGUUAUGUGUUUAUUGUUUAAAUUUAUGUGCCUUUUAAAUAUCUGUUUUCCGCUUCAAUGAAAAAUAACUGAAAAGUAAAAUAUUUAAUA